GGCCUCCUCUGCCUCCUCCCGCCACCCAUCUCCCCCGUCUUGCUCCUGUUUUUCCUCCUGUUUUUCCUCCUGUUUUUCCUCCCGUCUUGCUCCUGUCUUCCUCGCCUCCCCCCUCUCAUACUGUCUGUCGAUGGACGCGGAGAGCAAACCCCUGCUUGGCGUGUCGCAUGAUGGCCCGACCGACCUCGGGACGGCGACCGGCCUGCCGGCCUAUGCGGCCAUGGGGUCCGGCCAGAUCCAGCACUUGACACCGGCGAAUGCCGGCGGUCUUGGCGCCUCCGAGGGCCCGUAUCCCGGGUCACCCGGGGCCGGGUCUUCGCGCGGGAACUCCUCCAACACGGAUCUCGGCCACACGUAUCCCUACUCGGAUGGAGAUAGCGAUGGUGAUGGUGAUGAUGAUGAUGGUGGUCACCUUUCCGGGGCCAAGGCGACGCCUUGCGCCACGAUGUCCGAGCGCGACGCCGCCGGCAAGACCCUCGGCAACACCCUGGUGGACAAGCCCCUGAAGUACCGCCUCCUGGCCCUGGUGUGUAGUUGUUUGCUGAGCGUCGGCAGCCACUAUGCCUCGCACAUGCUCAGCGCCCUGAAGCCGACGCUCAAGGAGGAGCUCGACAUCACCAACGCCCAGUUUGGCCUGCUGCAGUCGGCCGUAUCGCUGGUGAACACGGUGAUCCCCCUGUUUGGGGGCAUUUUCAUCGACCUGUUCGGCACGACGUGGGGCAGUUUGGCCGCCUCGACAUUGAUCCUGGUGGGCGAGGCCAUCGUGGCCCUGUCUACCAUGGCCGUCAGCUUCGAGGUGAUGGUCAUCGGCCGGGUGAUCUACGGCAUCGGCGCCGGGUACAUUGUCACCGUGCAGGAGGCCAUCCUGGCGCACUGGUUCGAGGGCCGGGGCUUGGCCCUGACCAUCGGUCUGCAAAUUGCCAUGUCUCGCUUGUCGAGCUUCCUGGCCACCGGGACCGUGGUGCCGAUUUCCGAGUCGACCGGCUUUUAUGGCAAUGCCUUCUGGGUGUCGACCGGCAUUUGUCUUUUCUCGUGGCUGGUCAACAUUGCCUACAUUGUCCUGAUGAAGUAUGUCCAUCGUCUGGACACUGACAAGGAAAAGGAGCUCCAGGAGCGUCUGCGCAAGAAGAACACCUUCCAGGCGCGGGAUAUGUUGGCCUUCCCGCCGAUUUUCUGGUUUGUCAUCUUCCUGGCCAUCGCCCUCGGUGCCUCGUGGAAUCCGUUCAUGCAUAUUUCCGCUGAGCUCGUCCAGCAGCGCUGGGGCAAGUCCGACUCGAUUGCCGCCUGGGAGUCCAGCAUCCAGCUGGCCAUUCCCGUUGUCCUCAGCCCGGUCCUUGGCUACAUGGUGGAUCACUUUGGCCGGCGAUCCUUGAUCGCCAUCAUCUCGGCGGUUGUCCUUCUGAUCGGCUACUCGCUGGUGGGCUUCACCUGUAUCUCGCCGCUGGUGGGCCUGGUGCUCUUUUCCUUCUCGCUGUCCCUCGGCCCGGUGGCCAUGAUCACGGCCAUCCCGUUGGUGUUGGAUCUGCGCCUGAUCGGCACGGCCCUCGGGCUGUACAAGUGCGCCAUCAACAUCGGGUCGACCCUGCUGGAUCCGAUCGUCGGCGUGAUCCAGGACACCCAUGGGGGGACUUACCACCUGGUGAUGGUGGUCUUCUGUUGCAUCGCCGUGGUGGCCACCAUCAUCUCGGUGUUGCUGCUGCUGACCAGCCACCUGAAGUAUGGGGGGCUGAUCGACCUGCCUCGGGCGGUGCUCGAAAGCACCGGCGCCCUGUCCAUGAAGAGCUUCCCCUCGAUGCCGCUUCUUUCGAAGGUGUGCAUCGGGGUCGUGUGUGUCUUCCUGGCCGGCAGCUGGAUGGUGUACUUCUUCGUCACCCUCAACGAGCUGUUGGCCGAUGGCAGCGGCAGCAUCAGCGCCAGUGCCUCGUCCUUGUCCUCGCCACUGGCCGACUUGCUGGCGUUCAGCGUCGGCACGCCGGAUUCCUAUUAUUGCGUGGCCUCUCCGGUGGCCCCCUGAUAUGGGCAUUCCCCUCUUUCUUUUUCUCUCUCUCUCUCUCUC